AUGGUUGACGCGUGUAAGGUCUUUGGGGAGAUGUCUUAUAAGGAUGAGGUGUCAUGGACCGUUAUGAUUGAUGGGUAUGCGAAAAAUGGAGAUUUUGAAAAAUCUUUGUUUACUUUUAAGAGGAUGGUGAUGUAUGAAGAUGUAGUUAUUGAUCAGCAUCUGCUUUGUAGCACAUCAGGUGCUUGUGGGGCUCUAAAGGUCUUUGAUUUUGUGAAGUUAGGAUUUGAGUUGUAUCUUCUUGUGGGAAAUGGCUUAAAAGAUAAGUAUUCAAAAGUGGGAGAUAUGGAAAGUGCUUCAAAUGUGUCUGCAAUUGGCUUUGAGGGUAGAAAUGAUCAAAUCGAGAAGGCUUUGGAUGUUUAUCUUGAGUUGUGGAGGCGGGGGAUUGAGCCCAAUGAGUUCACUUUCUCUAGCUUGAUAAAGGCAUGUAUUGACCAAGCUGCACUUGAGCGAGGGACCCAACUUCAUUCCCAAGUAGAUAGAUUCAACUUUGACAAAGACCCAUCUGUUUCUUCAGCUCUCGUUGAUAUGUAUGGGAAAUGCGGUCUGCUUAAUUAUUCAAUCCAUGUGUUUGAGGAGAUUGAAUACCCAACUGAGAUAGCAUGGAAUCUGCUAGCCUUCAGGAUUGGAAGGCUUAAAGAAGCUGAAGAAUUUAUCAAUAGCAUGUCAUUCGAGAGUCUUCUUGACCAGAUCAAGAGAGCUGGAUAUGUUGCUUUCACAGAUUCUAUCCCACUUGACCUGGACAAUAAUACAAAGGAGAAGGUUUUUCAUUGUCACAGUGAGAGGAUAGCUAUUGCAUUUGCACUAAUAAACAUGCCAGUUGGGAAGCCAAUCACUGUGAAGAAAAAUUUGACGGUAUGUGUGGACUGCCAUUCUGCAAUCAAGUUUAUGUCCAAGGUUGUUGGGAGAAAGAUAAUUGUCAGGGACAACAGUAGAUGUUACCAUUUCAAGGAUGGGUUGUGUUUUUGUGGGGAUUAUUGGUAA